CCAUCAUUCUCUAUGAAAAAGGGGCAGUAUAUUUGAUCGCAAGUCUUCUACAAUUGCUCAGUCAGUAUGUUGAUUCAACCUUUCAGUCUUGUUUUUACAAUGUUGCUAUUAUUGUAUAAAUUGUUUUCCUAGUUAUGUUCACUUCCGUAGACUUCCCAGUUUCAUAGUAUCUCUUAAGGUUUACAAAGCAUGUCAAUAUAUGAUCUUAAUGGAGCCAUAUAACUAGGAAGUAAGAAUUAUCUAUUAAAAAGUCAUCAUUCAAUCGUUUUCAAUCAUGUCUGACUCUACAUGAUUCCAUUUGGUGUUUUCUUGGCAAAGGUACUAGAGUGGUUUGCCAUUUCCUUUUCCAGUUCAUUUUAUAGAUGAGGAAAUUGAGGCAGACAGGGUGAAAUGACUUAUCCAGGGUCACACAGGCAGUAAAUAUUUGAGGCUGGAUUUUCAUUCAGUUCUUCCUGACUUUCCAGAAAGCCAUCUGUCUUAGGAUAGCAUAACUGAUAAAGUAUCUGAGCCAGUAUUUGAAACUAGUGCUUCUCAACUCUUUUCUUGGGGGGGGGGGGAGAAGGGGAAAGGGGAGGAUGUUUUCAUUGUACAUAGGCUUAAGACUAUGGUGUAGUCUUGUAGUUUUGUUUUUUUUCAAUAUAUUUUUUCACCAUUUCUCCCUGUAGCUAUCUUUAAAUUUAAGUGUCCAAAUAUUAAAGUAUGUAGUGCCUUAGUUUGGAGAGUCUUAUGAAGUCUUUCUUUUUUCUUAAUUCUUUUUUUCUUUUCAUCUUAACACUACAGAUUAGCUGCACAUUAAUUGCAAUUAUCUUCAUGAUAGCUUGCUGUGAGCAUUACAGCAGCAGAUGAAGAAGCACCCCAUGAAAUAAUUUCUUGUUGCCUUUAGAUAUAUGGUAGAAGUCAGUUCUUCCAACUCCUUUAUUUGCCUCCCCAAGAAUCCCCGAAUUAUCUUUCUAUAUAUCAGCCCCUUCCUCCUAACUUCUGGUUUCAUUUACAGCAAGAAUGGCAAUAUUGACAUGACUCCAUUCCUCCAGUAGAAUGAAAAUUUGUUAAUCAAUUGGACAAGGACCUAACUCACAGUUAGAGUACCAGCAGCUGUUGGUAUGAUCUUGGUUGUUGAUUGUUAGAUAUAAUCUUUAAAAAUAGUCUAAAAACUCCAUAGUUAUUAGCUUUCUCUGCUCCCUUUCCUUCUUUUCUACUCCUAUCCCUACAGAAGUUGAAAGUGGGGACCAUGCAGGGCUAACAGCUAUGGUGUCUUUUUCUCUCUCGCUUGUUUCAUGGAUUUCCAUGGCCAAAGAAGAUAUUCCCUGGUGACUAACCGUCUGGUGGUGAGCCUCUCCAUACUUAUCUUGGUCAGUCCUUGGAAAGUAGAUGUACUCUCUUGCCAAAACUAUACUCAGAGAAAGCUAAAUAGUGUGGUAGAUAGAGUGCUGGGUUUAGAGUCACGAAGACCUGACUUCAAAAGUGUUCUCAGACACUUAUUAACUGUGUGAUCCUGGUCAAGUUACUUAACCUCUGACUCAGUUUUCUCCAUUUUAAAAUGGAAAUAAAGUUGUAAUGAGGACCAAAUGAAAUAAUCAUUGUAAAGCACUUAGCAUAAUGCCUAGCAUAUAUAAAGCAAAACAAAAAUAUCUAUUCAAUAAGGAAGAAAGCAUUUAUUAUAUUAUUAUCUUUUUGACUUGGUAGAUCACACCCGGGGUGAUACUACAGUGACACAGUUUUGAGAGCCUGGGAUCACCUCCAUUCCUUAAUGAAGCUUUGGAUUUAGGAUUACUGUUACAAAAUACAAAUAUCCUUAAGAGGGUUAGAAAAUUAUUCAGGAUUAAAUAUUCACAGUAAUCCCUAGUAGAUAUCAAAUUUACAGAGGAAAUAAUAGUUUGAUGGAAAGAUGAAAGAGGGAAAAAUGAUUUUGGAAUCUAGAGCUUUGGGUUCUGAUGGAAUGGAGGAGAGGUGGAGGUGGGUGCUUUAAAAGAAGCUUAUUUCUGGGCAGGUAGGAGGUGGAGUGGAUAGAACACCACCUCUGGAGUUCCCAAGUUCAAAUGUGAUCUCAGACACUUGACACUUAUUAGCUGUGUGAUUCUGGGCGAAUCAGAUAAACCCCAUUGCCUCAGAAAAAAAAAGAAGUUAAGUGUGGCUAGUAUACAGCAGGGAAGCCUGGAAACCUACAAGAAGGUAGAAGUUAUCCAGGAUGGUGCAGAAAAGAGGGUCGGAGGGUAUUCAAAGACCAAUUUCACCCACUUUGCAGCUUUUCUUCUAAGUGUGGCUAAAGAAAAGAUGGUUUUAGAUCUUGGUGAGACAAGUAUAUAAAAAUAGUAAAGAUUGUAUAAAUAAAUUCUGCUUGGGGGGUGAGCCACAUUCAGUAUCUGAUGUUACUGUAAAGUAAAGGAUCGUGAUUCCUCUAAGAGAAACUAUGUUUAACUAUCCUUGUAUAAAUUGGAGAAAUAAUUAUUUUAAAAUUUUUUCUAUUAUUAAAAAAUUAAAAUUAAAAAAAGUAGAGAGAUUAUUUGAUAUCUUUGGGAAAAGCAUUGGGAAGAAAAAAAAAAGAGUAUUGGGCCAGGCAGCACCCAAGGGAAUCAGCCUCUAAUCCGGUUUCUGCGAUUGGAAGGUACAUCAUGUCAGCUCUCUCUGCUGUUCUCCUCAGAGAUAGUCAAGUCCGGGUGAUGGAGAACACAGUGAACAAUGCUGAGAAGUACUUCGGCCAGUUCUGUGUGCUGUUGGCUGCCUACACCCGGAAGACAGCCAGACUGCGAGAUAUGGCAGACCUGCUCGUCAAACAGCUCUUGGAUUUUGCCAAUACCGAGAAUCCUGAAAUGCGCACGACCUUGAAGAAUUUUGCGGAGGAGUUGGCUAAGAUACAAGAUUACCGGCAGGCAAAGGUUGAAAGAUUUGAACUGAAGGUCAUCAAUCCACUGAGACUGUAUGAGACUCAGAUAAAGCAAACUCGUGCUGAGAUCAAGAAAUUCAACAAGGUCCGAAAUAACGAAAUCAAACAAUUAGAGAAAUUGGAAAGACUGAGGCAGAAAUCACCUUCUGACCGACACACAAUUUCCCAGGCCGAGACAAAUGUGCAGAAAGCGGCUGUGGAUAUGAAUCGUACCACUCACCAACUUGAAGAGACCAUUGAUAUAUUUCAGAAGCAGAAACUGAAAGACAUUCAGAAAAUCUUCUCUGACUUUGUGACCAUUGAGAUGGUUUUUCAUGCCAAGGCUGUGGAGGUAUAUUCCAAGGCCUUCCAGAUACUAGAAAACUACGACUUGGAAAGAGAUCUAGAGGAUUUUAGAGCCAAGGUACAUGGUGUUCGUGGGAAUGUUGAUGCGAGGCCCAUCAAUGCUACCAACCCUUCCUCAUCUCUACCAUGGUCUUUUGCCACUCCGAGUGCCCAGAGCACCAUGCAGAACCAGAGGCAAGAGGAGGAGGAAAUGAGUGGCGAAGCCUCCACAGAAGAGGAUCAAAUAGAAGAUCUCAGAGAAACAAAGACUUCUCGGAUUAGAAAAUAACCAUCCCUUGGCAGUCAUCAACAUUCGAGUUUGAAAGAGCAUUCUGUAUCUUUCUUAACAAUGUCCUAAGUUUAUUCUUCAUCUAUAGGAUCCUUUGAUAUGAUCUAAAUUGGAAUUAUCCAACAUGGAGCCCCAUGUAGCUGGUAAUAGUCCCAAGGGAGGCCUGGACCAGAUCAAAAUAUAAGUGAGAACUAUUUAACAAAGUGCAUCAAAAUGCAAUGUAGCAAAGAUGAUGUUAAUUUUGGAUUUUAUGAGUCAAGAUGUGACCUGCAGGGUUCUUUAUGUAGGUAGAGUUUAGCAACCAAUUUUUUUUUUUCUAUUUGAAUUUGAUCUGACUUAUCUAAGUCAAAGCAUCUUAAAUUGUGGUUCAAGACCCCAUAAGGAUCACAUAACUGAAUGUGGGGGUCAUAAAAAACUUGACAACAAUAAAAGAUAUCAAAUAUUCGACCAAGAUCUAAUUCUUUAUGUAAAACAAAGAAGUAUGUCCAUCUCAUUAGUAGGCAAAUUAGAAAUUGUAUGUAUACCAAAGAAUUAUUUUAAUAAAUUUUGUUAUGAUUUUUUUCUCAGCGAA